AUGGCGGGGCAGCCUGCCCGCCCCCCCGGAUCGCGGCGGGCAUGGGAAGCGGAAAGCUGGUGUCUCCCUGCUGCGUGUUGUCUGUUGGGCCUCCUGACUGCAUCAUCUUGGGUCCUCUCCGUUGAGGGCGCUGGGACGGCGGCCUUCGAAAUCGGGAGGAGGGUCGACUCGGACGCCGAGGAUGUCGUUGUUGUCUUCGCGGCAGACUUGGACGAUGACGGGGACCUGGACUUGUUGGUGGGAACCUACGUUGAGGAUUGGGUGAGGUGGUACGAGAACGAGGAUGGCAAGGGAACUUUCUCGGAAGCGGUGGACGUCGCGUCCGGCUACGGUGGAGCAGCAUCGAUUGACGUCGGAGACCUGAAUGGCGACGGGUCCCCUGAUGUCGUCGUAGCCUUUCAGACUACCUUCCAGCUGACGUGGUUUAGCAAUCUCUACGGCUUGGGCGAAUUUUCGGUCGGUGCUGACAUCGAUACGUAUGAAGACGGGGAUCAGUCACGAUCUGUCAAGGUGGCGGAUCUCGACGGGGAUGGGGACUUGGACGUGAUUAUGGCAUCGAAACAAGGCGAUCGAGUCACGUGGUACGAAAAUACCGACGGGGAGGCGACGUUUGCGGUCGGCGUUGAUAUCUCGACGACCGCCGACGGUGCUAUCACGCUGGCUUUGGCGGACUUGGACGGCGACGACGACCUCGACGUCAUUUCGGCGUCCGUUUUCAGCGGCUUGGCGUGGUACGAGAACUCGAACGGGAGUGGGGCGUUUUCUCUGGGCGUGAGUUUGGAACCGGCCGACGACCCUGCUGGUGGCAAGGACGUCGUUACGGCGGACAUCGACGGAGACGGAGACAUCGACAUCAUCUCAGCGUCCUUCGACGGCAACCACACCGCCGGCAGCUUCCCCGACGGCCGCAUUCUCUGGCUCGAGAACGACGGCUCGGGAAGCUUCGCGGAGGGGAGGGACGUCGGCUUGCUCGAUUCUGCGAGGAACGUGGUGGCCGUGGACCUAGACAACGACGGGGACAUCGAUCUGGUGGCCUGCGACGGCGUGGGGGGGUCCAUCGUGUGGUACGAGAACACGGACGGGACGGGGAAUUUCUCUGAGGCCAUCGACAUCACCACCGAUGUUGGGGUACAUUCGUUGAUCGCUGUUGACCUCGACGGUGACGGCGACAUCGAUAUAGCGACCGCAAACCGGGACGACGGCCACGUGACCUGGUACGAGAACCUCCUGAUAGAAAUCGAAGAUGACGAUGGCGGCGGCGAUGCUACAGGAACGACAGCCACGACGUCGCCGACACCGGCCGUAGCCCCGUCUCCAGAUGACGUCACAACCGACCCAGCUGCAGACACCGGCAGCAGCGACAGCGAAAGCGCCGAUGACCUUUCGACGAACGAGGUGUUGAUUGCGGUGGUGUCGACGGCGGCGAGCGCGAUGUUUCUGGGCUUGGUCAAGAUUCUCUGGGACAGAAAACGUUCUGGGCUUGACCAAGAAUAUCCGGAACAGAAGAUCUAG